CACUCUCUUGUCUUUUCUUCCUCCUUUCCUUUCCUUCCUUCACCUUUGGGUGGCCAAGUGGACUUUUUAAAGAAGUCUUUAGAUUCCCAGGGUCACUGGGAAGAACGCACAGUCCUGAGUGCAACACGAUUCUCAUCAAUUCUUAUGUGAAUGUGAUAUCAAUACAAAGAGAAGAGGUUCGAUGUAGUUCACAGAUACAAAAAAUAAGAAUAUGACACACUCCACUCCACUCCACUCCCCCCUCGCCCCCCCCCCCCGUUUUUUAAAACUUCUGUGUAAAUAGUGAUCUGUGGAGUGUAUCCCAGGCAAUAGUGAAGCCCAUGGAUGGCCUCUGCCACAGAUGGUGUGCUGCCAGAGGAUGAGCCUCCUUCCCGAUGCCCCCCUCUCCCUCCCCACACACACCCCGUGAGCCAAGAGAAGACGAAGACCCCCUCCCUGGGGGUCUGACAGGCUGACUCCCGGAGCCAGGUGAGGCCAGACCUGUCUUUGGGAGGCACUUCAUGCUCUGAGAUUUCCAGCCUGCUGAGUCCCAACCCUCGGCUGUGUGGGCACCUAUGCCCCACAGCCUUUGUGGUUAUGCAGACACCUGCCCCCGACCCCCUCCACACACUCUCUGCCCCCGGGCAGCCGAGAAACACGUUCUGAGCGUCCCCCUGCCGCCUGGAUGCAUCCAGCUGGCUGUCCCUUGGUUCCUCGGUGUCGGUUGUUGGACUCCACCUGGUGGCCGCCUUGAUAUGGCUGUCGCGGGCUCCGGAGCCGGCAAGGGAUGACAAGUGGCCGAGGAGCCCGAGACAGAGUGUGACAAAGUCCCUAAGCUGCAGGAAGGACUGUCCCUGCCCUGCUGGGACCUGGGGGCCUGAUGUAUUGGUCGGAGAUUGGGCCUGGAGGAUGGCAAGUGAGCAGGCGGAGGCUGUGGAGGGAGGCGGGCGUCGCCUCGCGCCUGAACGUGGCUAGACUGGGGUGGCGCUACUGUUGGCGGGUAGACCAGCACACCCUGUCACACUACGUACUGGUAGUGCUGCUGCCACCACUGCCACCAACUGCAGAGACCGACCGGAGAUGUCGAUCUGUGGGCGGCAGAGGGAAGGGUGCCUUGGCCUGGGACUUUGUUUUUCCUUUUUUUUUUUUUUUUUUUUCUUUCUUCUUUCUUCGAAGUCCUUCUGCACUUGGGCCUAACCCUAAUUACUUGCUACUUGCCACUAAGGAAGGUCUGGACUGUUUUGUUUUUUUGUUUUGUUUUGUUUUGUUUUGUUUUUUUCCCCAAAGUCCCCCUUCAGGGAGUGAUCGAAGGUCGCUUUUUUUUUUUUUUUUUCCCCCUUUGACAGGCAGAGCGGACAGUGAGAGAGAGAGACAGAGAGAAAGGUCCUCCGUUGCCAUUGGUUCACCCUCCAAUGGCUGCCACGGCCAGUGCGCUGCGGCCGGCGCACCACGCUGAUCCGAAGGCAGGAGCCAGGUGCUUCCUUCUGGUCUCCCAUGGGGUGCAGGGCCCAAGCACUUGGGCCAUCCUCCACUGCACUCCCUGGCCACAGCAGAGAGCUGGCCUGGAAGAGGGGCAACCGGGACAGAAUCCGGCGCCCCGACCGGGACUAGAACCCGGUGUGCCGGCGCCCCAAGGUGGAGGAUUAGCCUAUUGAGCCACGGCGCCGGCCCCUGGGUUGCCUUUUGAGGGCCAGAGGCCAGUCUACUGGAGCCCGUGUGUGUGUCGACCAGGUGGCAGAGGAGUGUGCUCUAACAGAGAUGGGUGGCAUUUUGGGGACAAGUGACCGGGUCCCCAAGCUCAGAGGUGGCUGUGUCCAGUGCAUCAGCCCCGUGCCCUCUCGCGUGGACAUUUUUAUACUUGGAGUUGUGGUUUUGGACCUGCAGGUAAGUGCUGACACGCUGUUCUCUGGUGACUGUCGCCAGAGAGAGGGGACUCCGGACGUGCGUUGGGGACACGGGGACAAAGUGGGCUUCCAGUGGGCUGGUGCUCGACCGUGCUCCUUUCUGAGAGCCACCUGCUUGGGCUCGCGCGGUGGCUUGUGUGCGUUCGUCCCGGUUGUCCCGCGACGGUGAUGCCACCUCCGGCCUAUGGUGCCCGAGGGCGGUGGGGGUGAGGCGGGCGUCGGGUCCUCUACCCGCGUGCGCUCCUUGCCGCUGGUGAGCCGAUCGCCUGGUGGUUGUGACAACCCUCUGACUGAAAGGACCUCGAUGAGGGGUGGCUUCAUGCCACACGUGUGCGUGUCAGGCGUUCUCCGCUGGGGUUGUCUACCGCCUGCAGUGGGAGGCGGGGGCCGGCGAGGCUGCAGCGGGCCCCACUGGUGGCUGUCCUUGCCGGGUCGUGCCCCCCGCCCUCACUCCACGUGUUAAAACUCCGAGCUGACUGUGACCGAUGUGGUGCUGUGGUGCUCUCCUGGGCCGGACCUAAGCUGCUCCAGAUGAGGGACGGCCGUUCAUGGCGAACGCUGCCGAGCCUCUCGUUCUGGCCUGCGGGCCCCUCGUUCUGCCUUCCCCACCCGUGGGUGGUGUGUGGGUAGCAGGGGUGCGGAAACCGGCCCGACCUCUGCUGUCCCCGUGCUUUUGCGCGCGGGGGGGUGCUGGGGUCCUGUGACGUGGCGGGCAUCCCUCGCUGUCGCCCUGUUGUGGGCUGUGGCUGUGGAGCCUUGACUCCACGCGAGCCUGUGCGGUGCCCCUGGAGCGGUCCAGGUUGUGCCUCAGGUGCCUGAAGCCGAGUGGUGGUGUUGCUCCUGUCCCCCCAGUGCCCUCUCCCGGGUGUCGCUGCUGUGGCUGCCUCUGGCUGCUGCCUGUGCCCCUUGGGAGUGUUGGGGGGGUCGAGGCGGUAAGAGAAGGGGAGACCCGUGCGUGCUUCGCCUCGCUGGAGGGAGGCUGCCGGUGUCGUGCCGUCCCCACGUGUGUGGGGGGUAUCGGCUUGGCGGGCGCAUGCCUGCGUGCUUGCCACCCCCUGUGGGGUGGUGUGUGCCAGGUGUGUCGAGCGGUCGCGGCGUGGUCCGGCCCGGCUGGACGAGUGCGGGGGCUGGGAAGGGCUGUGGCGAAUGGGAUUGGUAAUGCGCCCAGCCUGCCCUGGCCCUGGCCGCGGAUGCUCAAAGUGCCAUUUCUUUACCUAUACCGCAGACCCCCCCCCCCCGCCCCGAUUGCGUGGCCUCGGGUGGUGCUCCCUCGGUUUGCCUCCUGCCGGCCCGGCGGGGAGGGGGCAGUUGGAGUGGGGGUGUGGCCCACCUUCGGUGAGGAAAGCCUUCUCUAGCGAUCCGAGAGGGGCGUGCCUUCUGAUGGGGUACCGUUACCCCCUGGCCGCCGUCCCUCCUGUGCUGAGUGCGUUGGGUGGCGUGCUCCACCCGUGCGCCCCGUUUGCCCCUUCUGUUGGGGGGGGGAAGCGUAGGCGUGCUGGUGGGUCUGCCGGUCCCCGCGGUGGGGACCGGGGCGCUGCUCUUUCGGCCCUAACGGCCGCGGCCCGCGCCUCCCCCCUCCGUGUUGGGGGAGGGUCCCGCCGGGCCGGGCUGGCGGUCCGUCGCUCGUUCGUGUUUGGGGCCGGCGCGCGCGCCCGUGCGUGCGCGUGCCUUCCGUGUCACUCUCCGUGUUUGCCUUGUCGGCCGGGGCUGGGCGGGGGCGCGCGUGGUCUGUCCUGCGCGUCCCCGGGGCUGUGGCGCGAGCGGGCGGCUCCCUGCUUCCCCUGCUCGCCACCCCGGGCUGCGACUGGCCGUCAUCGGGGCGGCGGUCGGCACGUGUGUUGGGCUUGGGCCCAGCCCUCUCUUCCCCCUCGGCCGCGUGGUCGCCCCUGGGGAGCGUUCCCUCGGGGUCGCGGCGCUUCCCGGGAACGGGGAUCCGGACGGUUGGCUGGGCGGGAGGCGGCGCGAGGGCCGUUCGGCGUGUGCGGUUGUUGGCGACGUCGCGUGGAGGCGCCCCGGCGGCGGGGCUCCCGGGUGCGCGUGGGAGAAGACGCGGAGGGUCGCCGGAGGCGGGCUCCGGUGUCCCUGGCCGUCGCGGGGCCGCCCUGGCGUGUGGCGGUGCGAUCCCGUGUCCGUUUCCCCGGCGGGGUCCGGCUUUUGUGGCCCGAGGCGAUUCCCGCGUCCUCUCCCUCGCGCCUCCGGUGCCUCGCCCUCCGUGGCCCCGGUGCGGCCCCCACCCCCCCUCGCUGCCUCGGCGGGCUGGGCCGUUCGCCCUCCCCCCCUCCGGGGGAGGGUGGACUCUUUGAAGGCUCUGCUCCCCGCGUGCCUGUGGGGGCUUUGUGGGGUUGGGGUCUGUCCGUGACCGGUGGCGGUGGCGGUGGCCGGUGGUUUUCCCCACGUGAGGACGCGUGUUGGCUGGCAGUGGCUGAGGCACGACGGCCCCCGGUUGGCCGCGUCAGGUGCCGCCUCCCCGUCCCGCGGGACCGCCCUUGCCCUCGGAGGGUGCUGGCGGUGAGAUCCCGUGUGUGGUGGUGGGGGUGUGUGUGCUCUGGCGUGACUGGCCGGCUGGACGCGUGGUGAGGCCCUUCUGCCCGCACCGUCGUCGCGUGGGUGGGCCCUGGCCCUUCCCCGUCGCCCUUUGCCGCGCCUUCCUCCGUCUGCUGAGCGGCCCUGGCCCGUCUCCUUUCGCUCUCUUGCUUCUCGUCCGCUUCCCGACCCGGGUCGCCGUGACCCUGCUGUGUUUCGCCUCCCCUUGGGCCCGCCGUGUCUUGGGGGUUGGGGGUUUCGUCCCCCCCUUCCGCGUGUCGAGCCGCCCCGGGUGGCGGUGGCGCCGCUCGUCGGCUUGUUGGCGUGCGUGGGGGAAGGAGAAGGAGGAGGAGGAGGA